CUAAACAUCGCAUCAUCUGGCAGGAAAACAAGCGGAAAAGCAGACGAAAAAGCGGUCGCAACGCCACGAAAAUAGAAAAAAGUGACAAAAGAACACGGCCAGUCCAACCGAAGAUUUAUAGACAAGAUAGGAAAAUCAGAAGGAAAAGCUGUCGCACACCUAUUCUUCUUCUUCUCCGUCUUUUUCUUCUUCUGGCCGCCCAUUUAUUAUUGGUUUGAUGGAAAUUUUGGAAAACUUUUAAAAACCGUCGCGCAGUGUGUUAUGAAAUCGCGGCCGCGUGCGUGAGUGCGUAAAUAGCUGGAAAAUAUUGGAAAAUCAAGUGGCUGGAAAGCAUAAUAAGCUGCAAAACCUCAAAACGCAAAAAGCAAAACGUCAAAACUUCUGGGCCAAAAGAAACACAAUUUCAUAUCUAUCGGAUAACAAUUCAUCCAAUCAAACUUAUCAGUCUUAUUCUGAGUAACUUUCUAAGUACCAGUACCACCGCCAAUUAACAAGCAGAUCCGAAACAACAGACACCUUUAGCUAUCCAAACCACACCGCCCAAGUGGCAAUCGUUAACGCGAGUCGACAGCCACUGAAAUCGGGCGAAAUCCCAAACAGCCAGGGCAGCCAUACGCCCCAUUCAAGGAUACGCCCCAUUCACGUUGGUGCCCCAAAUUGCGAGCGAAGCGCAAGGAACAAAAGCAACCGUAGGCUAAGUUGCUCCUAUGCCAGUUUAGGCAGAAUGCAGGCCACGCCCAGCGAAGAUGCACAGCCGCAGGAUCCGCUCAAGUCCUUCGAGAGGGACUUUUGCGACCUGCCGCCCUACCAAUGCGAGAUGAGUGAUUCUGGACCCAAUACCCCAGGACCCAGUUCGGCAUCGGCCCUGCCCAAAAAGUAUUACCGCCAUGCGGCCCACAGAGUGUUUGUGAACAGAUCGCUGCAUUUGGAGAAUAUCAAGUACUAUGGCUUCGACAUGGACUACACCUUGGCAGAGUACAAGUCACCGCAGUAUGAGCAGCUGGGCUUCAACCUGGUCAAGGAGCGGCUGGUCUUCAUGGGCUAUCCCAAGGAGAUACUGCAGUUCGAGUACGAUCCCACCUUUCCAGUGCGCGGCCUGUGGUUCGAUACUCUCUACGGGAAUCUGCUGAAAGUGGAUGCCUACGGCAACAUUCUGGUCUGCGUCCAUGGCUUUGAGUUCAUCAAGCAUCACCAGGUGUACGAGUUGUAUCCCAACAAGUUCUUGAAACUGGACGAGUCGCGUGUCUAUGUCCUGAAUACUCUCUUCAACCUUCCGGAAACCUAUCUCCUUGCCUGUCUCGUCGACUUCUUAACCAACAGCAGCGAUUUUGUGCGCGUUGAGCGCGGCAUCAAAGCUGGCGAUUUACUUUUUACCUACAAGUCGAUUUUCCAGGAUGUGCGACGUGCCGUCGACUGGGUGCAUUCCGAUGGCGAUCUGAAGCGUCGCACCACGCAGAAUAUGGCUCACUAUGUGAAGAAGGACGAGCGUUUGCCCACGGUCCUUUCGCGCAUCCGGGAGUCGGGCGCCAAGCUCUUCAUGCUGACCAACAGCGACUAUACGUACACCAACGAGAUUAUGACCUACCUGUUCGACUUCCCCCAUGGCGCCACUCCGGAUGAGCCGCACCGCGACUGGAAGACCUACUUCGAUGUGAUCGUGGUGGAUGCCCGCAAGCCGCUCUUCUUUGACGAGGGCACCGUGCUGCGGCAGGUGGACACGAAGACCGGAAGCCUAAAGAUCGGCACCCACGUGGGACCUCUGCAACCGGGUCAGGUGUAUUCCGGUGGCUCGUGCGAGCUCUUCACCAAGUUUAUCAACGCCAAGGGCAAGGACGUGCUCUAUGUGGGCGAUCACAUCUUUGGCGAUAUUCUCAAGUCGAAGAAGAUCCGCGGCUGGCGCACCUUCCUCAUUGUGCCCGAGUUGGUGAGGGAGCUGCACGUGUGGACGGAUGAGUGCCAGCUGUUCGCGGAGCUACAGAACCUGGACAUCAAGCUGGGCGACCUCUACAGGGAUCUGGACUCCAGUGCCAAGGUCAAGCCGGACAUUUCGCAGCUGCGCACCUGCAUCCGGGAUGUGACGCACAAGAUGGACAUGUCCUACGGCAUGAUGGGCUCACUCUUCCGCUCCGGCUCGCGCCAGACCUUCUUCUCCAGCCAGGUGGUGCGGUAUGCCGACGUCUAUGCGGCCACCCUGCUCAACCUCAUCUACUACCCCUUCUCGUAUAUGUUCCGAGCACCGGCCAUGCUGCUGCCCCAUGAGUCGACGGUGGCCCACGAUCAGGCCCAUCAGCCGCCUCCGCCGCUGGGCCCAGUUCCCGCGACCACGGGAUCCGCAUCGGUGGCCACAUCGCCGGAUGACUCGGCACGCAUUGUGGCGGGCACCGAGCACGUUAAGGACCCCAAGGACUUGCAUCGCGCUAGCUCCAUUGUGCACACUCGUCCGUCGACGCCCACCGUGGUGACCCACACCCACGACGAGGACUAUUCCGAGGAGGAGGAGACGCCCAGCGGUGCCGAGUCUUCCACAGAGCAGGCCGUGCGCGAUGCCUCCGAAGACUAGGUGCCACAGCCGCCCUCCACCAGCAGGAAUGUUUGGAUCAACGAAUUUUAUUCUCAAACUUCCCAGUUGUCCCAUGCAGGGCACUCUUUGCCCUUAGCCCUUUACCCUUUAACCCGAACCCUGAGCCCCAAAUCCCAAAACCAUACCCAAAAUCCACACCGUGGACGAAGCAAUUGUGAAACGUACGAUUUUCCCUGGCGAUUUUACCCAAGCACAGAUAUGUGAAACUAUAUACCAUAUACGAUAUAUACAUUAUACAUUAGCUGGUUCCAUACAUAUAAUGUGUCUUUUUUUUAAUUAAAACCAUAAAUUGCUGUAAUUGAAAGAGUG